GUAAAGACAGUGGGAAAACUGGGAUUAAAAAGAGUACUGAGGGAAAAAUACACAUGCACUAAAAAGCGAAGCACAGAGCAGAUAGAGGCACAGAGGGAAAAGAGGAGAGCAAGGUAGAAAACAAUCCAGCUUCUGCCCACACGCUCUCUCUUUCAGCACCAAGGACAGAGCCUCUGAAGGGCUGACCCAAGCAACAUUCAGUUUAGGGUUCCUCCCAAAUCCUCUAGGAAAAACGGAUGCAUUUGAAAGCAGCUAGGAAACAUGCAGUAAGGUCUAAUAGGGAAGCUAGAAGAGCAGCACACAAGUGAUUUCACCUUAGAGGCAAAAAUGGGUGGUUUUCUUUCUGUUCAUUUCCACAGUUUCUGUGUCCUGGGAAAGGCAAAGUUUGCUUUGCUUGGGUAUGUCUUCCGUCAGUAAAAGGCUGCAGGAGCGGAGGUGCUAAACUCCACAGUCUCCAGAAAUCAGAAGAAAUUUUCAGGGAAACCUCUUGGGGUCACACCUCUCCCUCUGGGCUAUGGCACCUCUGAGCCAGCUGAGUGGCCACAUCAACUCCACCUGCUGGGCAGAGAAUUCCACGGGAGACAGCCGGGCUGGCCCACACUCCUACUACGCCCUCUCUUACUGUGUGCUCAUCCUGGCUAUCAUCUUCGGCAAUGGCCUGGUGUGUGUGGCCGUGCUGAGGGAACGGGCCCUGCAGACCACCACCAACUACCUGGUGGUGAGCCUGGCCGUGGCGGACCUGCUGGUGGCCACCUUGGUGAUGCCCUGGGUGGUGUACCUGGAGGUGACAGGUGGAGUCUGGAAUUUCAGCCGAGUUUGCUGCGAUGUUUUCGUCACCCUGGAUGUCAUGAUGUGUACAGCCAGCAUCCUGAACCUCUGUGCCAUCAGCAUCGACAGGUACACCGCGGUGGUCAUGCCAGUUCACUAUCAACAUGGCACUGGACAGAGCUCCUGUCGGCGAGUGGCCCUCAUGAUUACAGCCGUCUGGGUACUGGCCUUUGCUGUGUCUUGCCCUCUCCUCUUUGGCUUCAACACCACAGGGGACCCCAGCGUCUGCUCCAUCUCCAACCCUGAUUUUGUCAUCUACUCUUCAGUAGUGUCCUUCUACCUGCCCUUUGGAGUCACUGUCCUCGUCUACGCCAGGAUCUAUGUGGUGUUGAGACAGAGGAGACGGAAACGGAUCCUGACUCGACAGAACAGCCAGUGCAUCAGUGUCAGACCUGGCUUCCCCCAACAACCCCUCUCCCCUGGCCAGGCACACAUGGAGCUGAAGCGCUACUACAGCAUCUGCCAAGAUACUGCCUUGGGACGACCAGGCUUCCAAGAAGCGGGAGGAGAGUUGAAAAGGGAGGGGAGGACUCAGAACUCCCUCAGCCCCACCAUGGCCCCCAAGCUCAGCUUAGAGGUUCGAAAACUUAGUAAUGGCAGGUUGUCGACAUCCCUGAAGCUGGGGCCCCUGCAACCUCGGGGAGUGCCCCUUCGGGAGAAGAAGGCAACCCAGAUGCUGGUCAUUGUGCUCGGGACCUUCAUUGUCUGCUGGCUGCCAUUCUUCUUGACCCACAUUCUCAAUGCCCACUGCCAAGCAUGCCACGUGUCCCCGAAGCUUUACAGUGCCACGACAUGGCUGGGCUACGUGAACAGCGCCCUCAACCCCGUGAUCUAUACCACCUUCAAUGUUGAGUUCCGCAAAGCCUUUCUCAAGAUCCUGUCUUGCUGAAGGAGAAAAAAGAAUGCUCUCUGUGCCCACCGUCAGCUGCAAGGCCACUGAGCCACUGGCCAGA